AUGAGCGCCAUUCGCGAUGUGCCUGGAUAUGCUACAGUGAAGGACUACUACGACAGUGAAUACGUUCCCCAUGACUUGCUCACACGCUACCACGCCCUUCAGGUAGAGCUGCAGAGGCGCAGGGAGCAGCACUUUGUGACGCUCUCGCAGGCAAGCGGUUUGGCGGUACCUUACGACGACCUCGCAGUCACGUCGACCUUGCCUCAGCUGACAGCGAGCCCCCCGUCGAAGACGAGGUGCCCGAAUCCAUACCAACAGCAGAUGUCGUCGCGGAACCAGCGCUCACCGCACAGGGUCAUGCAGCGCGGCCGCAGCAUGUUGGUCAAAAGCGGCUCUGGUGGGCAAACUGCGAGCCGUCUUGGCAGUGCCAACCGAAACGUUCCGCGUUCAAGCCCGGAGCUGGAGGAGAUCUACGCCCUGCGGCAGCGAAGCCACGACGGUGUCCUCGGCGCUUGCACCCUUACGCACGACUCUGUCGCUCGCGGCUCAUCGGCACGACGCACCGCCUUUCCCUCAGCAUCCUCUUCUGUCGGUGCUGCGACUGCAUCACCGCCACAGGCCGCGUUGCCGAGUAGUGCACCGCAGCGUCGUAGUCGAUCGCAAAAGCAGCGGUGCCGAUCACUCGCAAAGGCCUGCAGUGAGGGGACCACCCCAAGCGACCCCUACGAGGCAGCGGCCGAGGCUCGCCGCCAGGAGCGAUUCCUGAGUGAAAGCAAGCGCCUCGGCAAGCCAUUUGUGCCCUCAGGGAGCGGCGGGCUGGACGUGCCUACUCGCUUCAUGCUGGGCGACUGCGUGAAGAUGCUUUAUCGCUCCAUCGCUCCCGACUGGCGGGUGGCGGCGCCGGUGGUGGUCUCCACCGCGGAGGACCUCGUCGCAGUGUACUUUUCCCUCGAGAAACUCUCGAAGAAGCAGGUGACGGAGCUACUGCAGUACAUGAACGCUUGCCUCAAGAACAACGACGCUGUUCGCGAGUUCAGCCUCUCCAAGGUGGAGGAAGGCUGGGACGUGCUGACCGACGACGGGUACGUCCUGUACACGUUUCGCCCUCCGUGGGUGAAGAAGCGUGUUUUUUUGCCAGACACGGUCAACCCGCCACACGUGCACGAGUGA